CUAAUAGAAUCCCGUCACAGGGCUGCUGUCGGCCAGUCACGAGCAGAAGGAUGCCUGGGUGCGGGAUAACAUCUACAGCAUUCUGGCCGUGUGGGGCCUGGGCAUGGCCUACCGCAAGAAUGCUGACCGUGAUGAGGACAAGGCCAAAGCCUACGAGUUGGAGCAGAACGUGGUGAAACUGAUGCGGGGUCUUCUCCAGUGCAUGAUGAGACAGGUGGAUAAAGUGGAGAAGUUCAAGCACACUCAGAGUACCAAAGACAGCUUGCACGCCAAGUACAACACGGCCACCUGCAGCACUGUGGUGGGCGACGACCAGUGGGGCCACCUCCAGGUGGAUGCCACCUCCCUCUUCCUCCUGUUCCUGGCCCAGAUGACUGCCUCUGUCCAGAGUUCACACGCUCAGCCCCUCUCCCCUGCUUUUUGGCUUUCAUGUGGCCAGGCCCCCGAAGAGGACUCCCAGCGGCCCAGAGAUGACCAGGGUGAUGUGGACUGUGAGAAGCUGGUGGAGCAGCUGAAAGACUGUGCGAACCUACAGGACCAAGCGGACAUUCUGUACAUUCUGUAUGUAAUAAAGGGCCCCAGCUGGGACACAAAUCUCUCCGGACAGCAUGGGGUCACAGUUCACAACCUCCUCAGCGAGCUCUACAGGAAGGCUGGCUUGUACCAGGAGUGGGGUUUGAUCCGCUACAUCUCUGGCCUGCUCAGGAAGAAAGUGGAGGUCCUGGCAGAGGCCUGCACGGACCUGCUGUCACACCAGAAGCAGCUCACGGUGGGCCUGCCGCCGGAACCCCGGGAGAAGACCAUCUCGGCUCCUCUGCCCCCUGAGGAGCUCACAAAACUCAUCUAUGAAGCCAGCGGGCAGGACAUCAGCAUCGCAGUCCUCACACAGGAGAUUGUGGUUUACCUGGCCAUGUACGUCAGGGCGCAGCCCAGCCUUUUCGUGGAGAUGCUCAGACUCCGCAUCGGACUGAUCAUUCAGGUGAUGGCCACGGAGCUGGCAUGGAGCCUGAACUGCUCAGGAGAAGAAGCUUCUGAAAGUCUGAUGAACCUCAGCCCUUUCGACAUGAAAAGCCUCCUGCACCACAUUCUGAGUGGAAAAGAGUUUGGCGUCGAGAAAAGCAUGCGACCUAUCCAUUCCUCCACAUCCAGCCCUGCCAUCUCCAUCCACGAAGUGGGACACACUGGAGCCACCAAAACUGAGAGGAGUGGCAUUAACAGGCUGAGGAGCGAGAUGAAACAGAUGACUAAGCGAUUUAGUGCUGGUGACCAGCUGUUUUCUGUGAGCCAGGCCGUGUCCAGCAGUUCGCGUUCCUCCAAGUCUGCGAGGUGCAGCACCCCAUCCUCGCCCACCGGCACUUCAUCAUCAGACUCAGGCGGGCACCACAUUGGCUGGGGGGAGCGCCAGGGCCAGUGGCUACGCAGGAGAAGGCUGGACGGAGCCAUCAACAGGGUCCCUGUGGGAUUCUACCAGAAGGUGUGGAAGAUCCUUCAGAAGUGCCACGGUCUGUCCAUCGAUGGUUACGUGCUCCCAUCGUCAACGACGAGAGAGAUGACCCCCCAGGAGAUCAAGUUUGCCGUCCACGUCGAGUCGGUGCUGAACCGCGUGCCGCAGCCCGAGUACCGACAGCUGCUGGUGGAGGCCAUCAUGGUGCUGACGCUGCUCUCAGACACCAACAUGAACAGCAUCGGGGGCAUCAUCCACGUGGACCAGAUCGUGCAGAUGGCCAAUCAGCUGUUCCUGCAGGACCAGAUGUCAAUCGGAGCCAUGGACACCCUGGAGAAAGACCAAGCCACAGGCAUUUGCCACUUCUUUUAUGACAGUGCUCCAAGUGGCGCUUAUGGGACAAUGACCUACCUAACGAAGGCAGUGGCUUCUCAUUUGCAGGAACUGCUGCCCAGUUCAGGCUGCCAGAUGCAGUAGGGCCUCGCUGCUGUCAGUCUGUCACUUGCCCCCUAGCCUCGUCGGGAACCUUCUGUUCUCCAAGGUCCCCUGUGUUGGCACAAAAGCCUGUCCCAUCAGAAACCCUGGCUGGGAGGAGGUGGCAGCAAUGGACCUGAAACCAGUGUGUGUCCAAGCCACAGAAAGAGCUGAGGAGUCCUGUGCUCCCCCCCGGGAGUGCCAGGGGAUUGCUGUCUAGGUUCGCUUCGCUGUAACAUUUGCUGCAACAUCUGGCCUCGGAGUCUGAAGAGGAAUUGGAAAUUGGUCUCUUUUGAGGGCAGUGUGAACAGAGAAACCAGCUUAAAUUGGCUCUCGCUGAGAGCUACUGAAAUCAGUCGGAUGUGCUAGUGGACACAUCUAAAGAUGGGAAGAUCCUUCCAGCAGCGGGCAUGGACCUUGACAAGGGGAACAUCUUAACAGGAUGCAGUUGGUCUGUGGACCAAACGGUUUACCAAAUAGAACAACUCUAUCUUUCUGUGGAAGUUUGGUUUUCUUGUGCCUUGUUUUCUUUCUAGGGCUCGUGUUGUUUUUUUGGCGUAGCUACCUGUGUGCGACAGCAUCCUCUCUUGCCGAGAUUUAGAAAACUGCUUGCAGUUAACUUUGGCUUGUGGUCUCAAGGAUUUUAUCCUGGCGCCUUAUGAAUUAGAGAUUUCUUCUGCCUUAUAAAAAAAAAAAAAUCCCACAUCUUCUGGAAUAUAGCACAAAAAAUAAAAAGGCAGGGGAGGUGCCAACUCUCCUUAUA